UAUGGCUGAAGAAAUUAAGGAAUUUCUUAAAAAAAAGGAUUAUUAUGAAAUAUUGGGAGUGUCAAAAUCAGCCACUGAUGAAGAGCUUAAAAAAGCCUAUAGAAAACUAGCUUUGAAAUUCCACCCUGAUAAAAACUAACAUGAAGGAGCUUAAGAAGCAUUCAAACGUGUAGCAUAAGCAUAUAAUUGUCUUUCGAAUCCUGAUAAAAAAAGAGUUUAUGAUUAAUAUGGAUCAGAAAGACCAGAAACUCAACGUUAGCAUCAAUAUUAAGAUCAAAAUGGAUAUUAUUAUGAAUAAUGUUAUGGUGAUGAAUUCGCAAAUGUAUAAAUAUAAUAAUAAAGAUUAGGAAAUCUUUAGAGCUUUCUUUGGCUCUCCUAGACCUCGCAAUUAAAAUAGAUAAAAUCAUAAUGGAUAAGCCAAUAUACAAUUUCUUUAGUUUCUUCCUGUAAUAAUGUUGAUACUUUUAUCUUCAUCAGGGUUUAUGUCCCUGUUUUAGAAAGCUCCUCUUUAUUCAUUUUAAAGAUCAUAUGAAUACCCUACUGUCUAAACCACUAGAACACUAUAAGUAAGAAUUUAUUAUAAAACAAAGGUUAAAUAUUAUGUAGGCACAAAUUUCAAAGAAGAAGUCUCAACUAAGGAAAAACUUAGAGAAGUUGAAUUAGAAAUUGAAUAGAAAUAUGUUAAUUAACUAAAACAUGAAUGCAAUAAUGUUUAAUACAAAAGAGAAAUGUAUGAAAGCUAUGCAAGCAGAUCUUUUUAUCAGCGAGAUCGUGAUUAAUAUAGAAAUGCGAUCAGAAGAUUAGACUUCUCAUCUUGUGAUAAAUUAGAUGAAUAUCGCAGAACUAUUAUUAGAUUUGAUCAAUUAUAUUGA